AUGGCCAGUGGCAAGGCAUUUCCCACCCAUCUCCGGGCCCCAGGGGCGGAAGGGCGCGAUGAACCGCAUAGUCGACAUCAUAUCAAGUCGCAGUCCAACAUGGCUUUCGAGAGUGCCUCGACGAACGUCGCGGCUGCACAGAUGCGUAACGCCCUCAACGCCCUCAGUGACACCGUAAAGGACCCCGCCGAGAAGAAACGAUGCGAAGCCGAGAUGGACAACUUCUUCUCCCUCUUCCGCAGAUAUCUAAACGACAAGGCCAAGGGAAACGUCCUCUCGUGGGACCGCAUUGCCCCUCCACAGCCCAACCAGGUGGUCGAAUACGACGACCUAGGCAACUCUGCGUCGUCUGACCUGUACACGCUCAAGCACGGCCAGCUCGUCAUCGACCCUAACCGUUUCGGAGACGCUCCUCUCAUCAAGCUGGGAACUGACUUCAAGAAGGUCUCCGACUUCAUGAACCACAUCCCAAGCAUCCCUCGCAUCUUGGAGCUAGACCACCUCACCAUCAGUGGAGCAGUCAACCUUGGCCGCGGCGUCACUCUCAAGGGAACCGUCAUCAUCGUUGCCACCGAAGGUAGCACCAUCGACAUCCCUCCAGGCUCCAUCCUCGAGAACGUCGUUGUCCAGGGUAGUCUUCGCAUCCUGGAGCAUUAG